AUCUUUAGACCAUAAACACCGAUAUAUCAGUGGAUAAGAACACGCUAAAAUGCAAUCAAAUGACCACAUACCAUUCUAGAAGUCAAAGGGUAUGUUUCCUUGCCCAAAAAUUCCAGGAACAUGCACCACUAGAUUCUAGAACAAGACGGGCGUUGCCUCUCCGGGGCCGAGAAAAGAUCACGCGACGGACGUCGCUGCACGUAGGCAGGAACAGAGGAAGCUGUCCGCAUCAUCCAUGCUGAUUACAGGAGGAUGAGCACAAAUUCUGCGCUGCAUGUGUUCUCAUGCCUGUCCAUCUUCAUCCUUUAUUAAUUACAUAUAUCCAGAGCUAACCUAUCUCUGUUUCCACCACGGCUCUCUCCCUCCGUCCGCUGGGAUGUUGGGAAGCAUAAUGCUAGAAUAUUACUCCACCAAUCGCACACACAACAUGCCAAUGCCAAAGAUGCUAUCCGCCUAUCCCUAUCCUACCGUAGCAAUGGCAAUCCUUAAAACCCGAAGCACAUCGAUGUUUACGACGAAACCGCAGAACAUCGACAGGUUUUCUUGUUCCAUCGUCAGCGCCACACGUCUAUACGGGAGACGAGAGAUGGAAGGAGGGGAAGAGGUGGAGAAAGAGGGCAACAUGUCGCAGUUGGCUGGCGUUCAGUUUCUUCUCUCGAACGAAGGAAAGGAAGUACCUCUGUCAUCCAUCGAAGACAGGACGGCCUGCCUCUGCCUCUUCUUCUCGGCUCACUGGUGCAGGCCAUGCAGGAGCUUCACCCCGACUCUACUCCAGGCCUACACGGCGCUCCGGAGCGCCGGCAAGAGCGUCGAGAUAAUCUUCGUGUCGCUGGACCGCGACGAGGCCAGCUUCCGGGACCACUUCCAGGGCAUGCCGUGGCUCGCGGUACCGUUCGACGCUGCUGGCCUACUACGGCAGAAGCUGUGCGCGCGCUUCGCCGUCGAGCGUAUCCCUGCACUGAUCCCUCUGUCAGCGUCAGCGACGCCGUCCAGCGGGCUGGGAUCUGGAGAGGACGCGGUGAGGCUGGUUGGCGAGUAUGGAGUAGAUGCGUACCCGUUCAGUGCGCAGAGGAGAAGGGAGCUGGAGAGCAUGGACGAUGCCAGGAGAGAAGGAGGCCGGCUUCAGGAGCUUCUUGGCUGCGAGGAGAGAGACUAUGUCAUCAGUGCAGAUGACAUAAAGAUUCCUAUAGCUGACCUUGAUGGCAAGACAGUCGGCCUGUACUUUGGAGCACACUGGUGCCCACCUUGCCAUGUCUUCACCAAACAGCUCAAGGAGGUGUAUAACGAGCUGAAAAUCUUGAGACCGGGAAGCUUCGAGGUAAUCUUCGUUUCGAUAGACCGCAGCAAGGGGGAAUUCCAAGCAAGCAUGAGUUCAAUGCCAUGGCUUGCCAUCCCUUAUUCUGACGCUGCAAGGAAAAAGCUUACAAGAAUCUUCGCUGUCAAGGGUAUCCCAGGACUCCUGAUACUUGGUCUGGACGGUAAAGUUCUAAAAACAGAUGGCAGGACAGCGAUAUCAACCUACGGUGCAGCAGCAUUCCCGUUCACGGAAUCUAGAGUUUCUGAAGUGGGUGAAGCGCUCAAAAGGGAAGGAGACAAGCUGCCUCGCCGAGUGAAUGAUCCAAGGCACAGACACAUGCUUGAGUUGGACAUGGCUAAGGCCUAUGUUUGUGAUGAAUGCCAACAGAAGGGGAGGUAUUGGGUGUUCUCUUGUAAGCAGUGCAACUUUGAUCUUCAUCCCUCUUGUGUAGGAGAUAAUAAAGUAGACAACAUUUAAAAAUAUGUAUAUACUUAAAAGUGUGAAGUUCUAGCAUCAAAGUGGACUGGAAAAAUGUUUAUAUUGUACUCUAAACUCUAUAGGACUCAGUGAGAGUAAUGGGCAAAGACUCUUAGUUCCUUGAA